CAAAAAGCGCAAAGCCAAUAAUUUCAAAGUGCUGACGACCCAAAUGGAGUUGCAGUUGGGUUUAUGAUAACCAAGGCGAAGGGUGUAGGGUGAAUCUCUGACCGGCUAACACCAAUUCCAAAUGGCUAACUUCAAGACUCUAUUGCUAGUGGUAACAUUGCUGAAUUCGGGUAUUCCAGUUGCAGAAGCAGCUGCAAUUGUCGACCCUAAGCCAUCUUCGGUCUCUGCUUUGUACAACUUUCUGGAGUCCAAUCAAGACGAGCUCGGCUGGACGCAAUUCUUGCCGACAAACUUCUACUCGGAAUUGAAUCAACAACAUUAUAUGAGAUUUCGUAGGCACUCCCGGCUACAGCUAAAGGAUCUGCGACGAGCUCGCCCAUAUCCAUUUGAAUAUGCACGUUAUCUCUAAAUUAAUA